AAUUCGAAGGGUGCAGUCAUAAAGAAUCCCUAUUUCCAGGAACCUGACGGCUCGUCCAUUUGCCUCUUUGUGGACGUUGUACCCACGUGUUUCUGCGUCUUGUUCAUCGUGUUUCCUUUGAUUGUCGUCAUUGAACGCUCGAUUGCCACCGAGAAAGUACGCGGUUAUGAGACGUUUCACUUUCCAUCGGGAAUGAUGCGACUCUGCAUGAUAUUUAAAAAUCAACGCCACGAGGUCGAGUCUGUGACGAGCGAGAGAAGUCGGUACACCCUUUCGCAUCGAUUUCAACUUCGUGAAAAUUCACGGACAUGUUCGUUCCUCGUCUCACUGCAUGGACUGAUAUGCCUGUGCUUUCUCGCCUUCAGUCUUGUCGAUCUUGCUGUCGCUGAUGUCGGCAACACUAACGACAUCUACAUGCUUCUCUUCAGAAGGGAACUUUCUUACGUGAUUUCACCGCUGUUCACUAUUUUGUUUGCGCUGAAUUUCCUUUGUCGACUUGAUAUUGUCUAUGACAAAGCAAAGAAAUUCGUUCGGGCAAUUUACGGCUAUGAAGAA